UAGCAUUAGCAACACAUAGCUAGGCGGAGGCGCAACAAGCUCCCUGAACGCCGAAAUAAGUACUCUAUUUUGAUUUUUUUCCUUGGAAUUCGCGCAACUAGUUUAUGGUUUUAUAGCCCUGGACUAAUAAUUGAACCUGACGUGGCCCAAAAAAGAUGGUGAUGGCGUCGUCAUGUGUGCAGCCAGCACUGUGUGUGUGGAGAUGGUUUUAACAGACGCUGUUCUGGAGGACUCAGGAACACUGCACUGGCCUGGAGAAGCCUCAUAAACAAACACGCACACGUACACAACACACACCUGCACACAAGAAGAUUUACACAUACACCACGCCACCGCCGUGCCUUGAGAAAGGACACAGGCGCACGGAUACAUAACACAAGCUUCACCGGAAGCACGCACACACAUUUAAGCUCUUGGUGUGUGUUAGACUCUCUACCCAUACAUCAUUGGUGUCCUAUCUCCUCUCCUGUGUGAGAGCGUGCAUUUUAUUUCUUCCCAUCUGUCCCACCCCCACCGCCACCAUGCCGAGGUCCACCAUCCGCCGGCAGAUGAAGAACAUGGUGAACAACUACUCUGACGCCGAGAAGAAAGUCAGAGAGGCCACUUCCAACGACCCCUGGGGCCCGUCAUCUUCGCUCAUGUCCGAGAUCGCUGACCUCACUUACAACGUGGUUGCCUUCAGCGAGAUCAUGAGCAUGAUCUGGAAGCGGCUCAACGACCACGGCAAGAACUGGCGCCACGUCUACAAGGCGCUCACUUUGCUCGACUACCUGAUCAAGACAGGCUCAGAGCGAGUGGCGCUGCAGUGCAAGGAGAACAUCUUCGCCAUCCAGACUCUGAAGGACUUCCAGUACAUCGACAGAGACGGCAAAGACCAGGGCAUCAACGUCAGGGAGAAGAGCAAGCAGCUUGUGGUCCUACUGAAAGAUGAGGACCGCCUCAAAGGAGAGAGGUCUCAGGCUUUGAAGACCAAAGAGCGUAUGGCCCAGGUGUCCACUGGGAGCAGUCAGAUGGGUUUUGGCCGAGGCUCGUCUCAACCCAACCUCUCCACUUCCUACAGCGAAGAGUACGGCAGAUCAGAGGGCUCACCUGCAUCCUACCAUGGCUCCACGUCUCCCAACGCCGGUUCAGAACUGGAGCAGGCCAGACCUCAGACCAGUGGAGAGGAGGAGCUACAGCUGCAGCUGGCUCUGGCCAUGAGCAGAGAGGCUGCAGAGCAGGAGGAGCGCAUACGCAGAGGGGACGACCUGAGACUACAGAUGGCCUUGGAGGAGAGUAAGAAAGGAGGCUCAGAUUCAGCAAAACUGCCCAAGAAGAAGAGAGAGCCACAGUCGUCUUUGAUGGACCUGAUGGAUGUCCCAGAGCCAGGUGCCAGCGCUGACCCCUGGAGCGCAGGGGCCAGGGCUGGUGCCGGAGCCGGGGCAGGGGCAGCCGCUGCAUCAGAAGACCCCUGGCAGUCUUAUGGGUCUGCACCUAAGCCAGCAGCCCCAGUGGACCCAUGGGGUGCUACUCCUUCUGUCCCACCCAUGAAAAGCAGUGAUCCCUGGGCAUCAAACUCUACCCCUGCUGCUGACCCAUGGGGCUCUGCAGCUGCCCGCCCUAAGACUUCCAACACAGGUAACUUUGACCUGUUCAUUGCAUCCAACGGUACGUCUAAAGAGGACUUCUCAGAAUUUGACAGCCUGCGCUCUUCCUCCUCUGUCCCCACUGGUGACGGGGGCGUAGCAUCCUCUAUCCCCUCCCAAGGCAGUCUUGCAAGCAGCGGCAGCCUAGACCUCUUCGACCCCCUGCCCACCUCCACAUCUGUCACCACAAAUCCAACUAGAAAGACCCCGGAGUCCUUCCUGGGUCCUAAUGCUGCCCUGGUCAAUCUGGACUCUCUGGUGACCAAACCAGCCCAGCCUGCACCAGUCAUCAACCCGUUCUUAGCUUCAACAGGUGGUGCCGCUGCUCCAGCUCCAGCAAACCCCUUCCAAGUGAGCCAGCCAGCCCCUCCGACCCUCAACCAGAUGCGGGUCAGCCCCAUGCCCCCCGGCUUCGGCAUGGCUGAGCCCAUGGCCCUCUCCUCCCUGCCCGCUCAGCCCAUCACCAUGGUCCCCCUGGCAGGCAUGACCCCCAUGGCCCGCACGAUGCCCGGAAUGGGAGUCGGCACUAUCGGAGGCGUGGGGAUGUCCAUGCCCCAGCCCCUGAUGAGCAUGCCACCCCAGGCCGGGACGCAGCCCACCGGAACCACCAACCCCUUCCUUUUGUGAGGGGGCGACUGGGGGACGACUUGCCCCUGAGUACCCUCUCCUCUCCCUCUGUCUCCCUCGUUCACUUUGGCUCCUUUAGAAGCUUCAAAAUGAACAAGGAGAUCCCAUGUAUCCCUUUAUAACCAACUCGGCCAGGUCGUAGUCCCAGCCUGGCCUCCACCCCCCCCACCUUAACACACUCCUGUACUCCUUCUUCCUCCGUGUCUUUGUCUCAGUGCUACAAGCUGCCUAGUCCUGUGUGUUCCAUACUGAUCUGACGAUGAUGUUGAUGACCACAACACGUUUGCAUCUGUCUACAGACUUACAGAGUAGCAGUGGUGUUUACAGUUUUUCCACAGAGGCAGGACAGGCUCUCCCCUCUGUCCUCCUCUCCUUCACUCGCCUCCUCUCCCUUACUUCCUCCCUUAGGACUGCUCUUUUCUUCUUCUGUGGUGGAGUGACAGGAGAGUCUGACCAUACUAACGCCAGGAUCUUAUCUCUUCACUAGAGCUAAUCUUUUAUAAGCCCUGUCAGCCGGCGUGCGAGUGAGUGUGUGUGCGCGUGUGUGAGUGAGUGAGCGCACAUCUCAGUACUUUUACACUGUGUAUAUUCCAGUGGGUUUUACUUACACACACUGGAGUACGGAUGAGAGAUGGUCAGAUGUGUUUUUACUCUUGCGUGUGUUACUAAGCAGGGAUUUUGCACAAUUUUUUGUCUUUUUAUUUUUUCUUUCUGCGACUGUUGGGCUCACCGUUACACCUUAGCUAAGGGAGGGAGGCUCGCCACUCAAAACGGCUCCGACAACACACACACACACACUGCCUCGGCUCUCGGUACCACUCAGUCAACAACUCUCGUCUGGUCACUUCCCGUCAACUUGGACCUUUUUUUUUUUUUUUUUUUUUAAUUCCCGACCCUCCACGUGAACUUUGACCUCCAGGGGUCGCGGGAUUAACAAUGAACACUUAUCAAAGGGGGUGAACCCCUUGUUUUAGGGGUUGGAACGUAAUUUUCGUCUGUAUGUGUGUGCUCACGCAGGUGUACUGUUAAUGCUCGUAUACUAACAGCCACAUGUUGAUGUUUUUGUCAUUAAGGCCCCCCCCCCCCCCGUGCGUGUUUUGAGAAAAGACAUGAACUGUGAUGGCAUCAGUAUUUUGCUAUCUGAACAUAUGGAUGCAGUGAGGCAUCAUGGGACAGUUUUGUUUAUUUUUUAGUUUGUUUUUAGGGUCAAAGGGAAGAGGGUGUGUGUGUGUGUGUGUGUGUGUGUGCGUGCGUGCAGUUUGCAUGAGCGAUACGUUUAGCUUCCAAGUGAACAAUAAUACACAGUAAAGUGGAAACUGGCUCAGAAAUGGCUUAAGUUUCUGAAAUACAAGUCAGAGCAGGGGUAUAACGUAGACUGCAGCCUUAAGUGUGUGUGUGUGUGUGUGUGUGUGUGUGUGUGUGUGUGUGUGUGUGUGUGUGUGUGUGUGUGCGUGCAUGCAUGCAUGUGCUGUUUGCAACUAUAUAUCAAGAAGUGUUACUAUGGUGACAGGGCUGCAAAGAAAGCUCUGGGUUUAAAGAGCACGUCAGCCACUCAGCAUCGUGAAGAGAGUUUACCUCUGGGUGGAUUUACUGCGGCUAAUCUAUCCCACAAGAACAUUAGCAGGUGGACACACACACACACACACACACACACAGGGUUGUUCCAGGAUCGGUCUAUUGAUAGCACAGCGAAUCCCGCAGCAAACAACAGUGAGACAUGUCAUGUAAACAAACAGUUGUUAAUUUUGUUGGUUACAUUUUUUUUUUUUCCGUUUUUAUUUACUUGUUAGAUGUAAAUCCAUAGCCAAGCCUUUCAGAGUUUUGGAGCUGUGUACUAGCUAAGCCAUGUAUCAUCUUCACUCUCUUUUUGUCUAUUUUCUGUCAUUGUAGUUUGGUUUUUUUUCACCCUAUGGGUAGGCUAUGUAAUUCUCUUCUCUUAGAAGCACAACUGUUACCAAAGUCAUAGCGACUGUGAUUUCUGAGGAUGUCGUACUUUGAGUAGUUUGAACAGUAGGGUCACACUUCACUGACAGUUUUUUGUUUUGUUUUAUGGAUCCGUUGUUAUCAUUUUUUUAUAUUUCAGAGCUAUUUUACUGUCUGUUCAGGAGUUUGUUUAAGAAAGUGUUACUGUUGGCUGAAUAUCGGCACAUUUACUGACAGCAAGCUGAGCGGCUCCGUCUCUUCUAUCGGUUGAGAAAAGUGGGUUAAUGAAACGCAGCUGAUGAACUGCGCCCGGUGUUUAGACCCGUCUUCUUCUUUAGGUCACUGUACUCCCGUCUCCAGUUCUGUUGAUAUCACUGCCAAUGUUAUUACUGUGGAAAAGGUGUUUGUUUUUUUUUUUUUCUUUUAGUGUGCGUUGGCGCCCUCUCCUGGUCUGCUGUGGUAUCAUAGCAACACCACAGACCCCUUGGUAUCUCCACUAAACGCAGACCUUUCAUUUUUCUCAGGCAAAAGGAGGGGCAGCUCCAACUGUGUGUAUGAUUUUGAUGAUGCUGAGGGUGGGGAUGAUGACUUUUAUGCUUGGGGUCUUGGAUGAAUGGAUGUGACACUUCCUUGCAGACCAGCAAACAUUUUUAAUCUCCACUAAAUAUAUGCAAAAAUUGGAGUAUGGAAAAGUAAAAAAAAAAAAAAAGAUUUAACGCUUGAUGUGUUUUGCAAAGUUAGAUUUGCUAAUAAAGUUUUGUUUAUAAAAAUGCUACUAUGAUAUUCUAGCUAAGACGUGUCACUUUCUUGCCGGCCUUCAUUUCACUGCGGCCUGACCUUUAACUUGACUCCAGCGAUUGUUGAAAAGGUUGUUAUGGAUGCAUUGAAAAACAGAAAAAAAGGAACUUUACUGUCUUGAACAAAUUCAGCACUCCUGAACAGUCAGAUGUCACUGCAGUUGAACACUUUUUCUUGAUCCUUGGCAGCAGUUUCACAGUCGUGGCUAUGGUGCAGUGAAAAUGUGGCCUGUGUGUAGCGAGCUCCUCUGCGUGUUACUAUGUAUUCACUAUGCUUUUAUCAAGAGGACUAACUGACCUUAUGGACUGUCUGUCUUUAUAUGCAUAAACAGCCUCCUUUAAUCUUUUCCAUGUCUGUCUAUUUACCCUUCUCAUAGUACUGGGAGCAGGCUGCUUUUUUUUUUUUUUUUUUUAUUGGAUACGUGCUCAACCUGUUGGCAUUAUAACUGUAUAAUAUAAUUUAUCAUUUGUACUAUUGUAACAUACUGUUCCUCUGUAUACCUUAUUAUUCUGUGUAAUGGGUUUUUGUAGGAAAAGUCACCGUGGUAUUUUAACGGCAUCUAAACGAACGCAGCAGGCCGCACCCUGUUGGAUGAGGACAACUGUAGCUGCAUUGGUUCAAAAUAAAAUGUGUAUCACUUCAGCUCUGUAA